AAAUACUCUGAUCGAAAUAUAAAUAGCCGUAAAAUUCUCAAGCGUAAAAUGCAAGUGAAGUAAAAAUCCAAACAAAAUUUCCACCUCUAUUUCCCUAUUCUUAUAGUAGCAUGAAGCUUUAUAAUUUAUUACUGUUUUUAAUAGCUUGAACAAUACAUGGAAAUAAAAUAGAACAGGAUCUCGUAUUAAUGCAACAAAAUGUCGGACGAAUGUCAAAAUAGAAAGCAUGGGAAGCACUACAUUGACAAUUCAGAUAUUGUUAUUAAAAAAUUAAAGAAACAAGCAAAGCGUUACAGAGUCGUAGAAAGUCGAUAUAAUGCAAAAGAGAGCAUCCUGGGGAAUCCGUGCUUGGACAUUGAAUGGCACACGGCGCCGCUGACCAAGCAGUGCUACUGCCCCGUCGAACCUUGCAUUUGUACAUCGCAUCUGCUCAAGGAAGGAAAUUUACCUAACUCCAUACCUGUGGAUACUUAUAGAAAAUUGACCAAAGAACCGGAUGGGACGCUCAUCCCGCGGCUGGCGGCGGCCGUCGAGGCCGAGGUCGAGAUCUCUAAGCAGCUGGCCCAAUGCGGACAGCUGAAGGACAGAGGGCCGGAGUUCUGCGCCUCUCACUGCCCCGCCUUCCUCACGCCUGUCAAAGAGAGCGGUUUCUAUGCACAGAAGAGAAAACUGAUUGAAAAAUAUAUAAAGGACACCAAACUGGAGAAAAAAAUGCAACGUUUGUUGAAUUUAAAAACACAUGAUGCGAUGAUACCGAAAUCCGCUUCUAAGCGGGCUGCGCAAAAGAAAAUUGAAGAUUUUCCUGAAAUAAUUAUACCAAAAACUGUAGUUUUACCUCGUUCCGUUGCAAGAAGAAAGAAGUUGACAGAAAAAGAGGAAGUUGAGGAACUUGAAGAAAUUCUUGGAAUAGAAUCUCGGAAAGAGGGGCAACCGGAAUUAUUACUACGAUCAGAUUCACUAAGCUCCACUAAAGCACGACCAGACAGCAGCCGAACAUCCGCAAUAACACCCAAACGAGGAGCAGAACCCGGUCGCAGACCAUCUUGUGAUUCUGAAACCAUACAGCCUACAGAAUCAGAACUCGAUCGGGCUUACAAUAAAAUACGAACAUUCAAGCUCAAACAUUUGUGCGAAGAAGACCCAAUGCCAUCAUUUUUACCAACGAAACGAAUGGUUGAACUCAAACCGAGACCAAAAUCUAAUCGAAAACAAGAAUGCGAAGCCGACCCUGCAGAGAUUGCAGAAAGAGAGAAAGACUGUGAUGAUGACCCUAAACGGCCUUUCAAACCGGAAGUAAAACAAGUAUCAUCUCUAUACGAAAGUAAAGCUAAACGUACAUCCGAACCAGAAUUGUUUUCCGAUCCCAAGAAAAAAUUGCAAGAUGAACCUAAACGGAUAUCUGAACCUGAGCUAAGACGGAUUUUCGAACCCAGAGCAAUGUCUUUGGAUGAUCUCAGACUGACAACUGGAACUCAACUCAAACAAACGUUCGAACCUAAGCGAAAGCCCGAAAAUGAAUCCGGCAUAAAGGCCGAUGUUCGAAUCACAUCUGACCUAGAAACUAAACAGUUGAUUGAACUUAAAUCUGAGGAUGAUCCUAAACCCCAUCCUUGCAAAACCAAAUCAACAUCUGGACACGCCUUUGGACAGACAAGUGAACCCACAAUAAUGGCAGAUAAUGAACCCAAACCGACGUCUCAGCACGAACAGACGCAUGAUCUUGAGUCAAAACAGGCUUACGAAGCUGCAAAUGCGUCAAAUUCGGGCGAGAUAAACAAACGCGAAUCCAAACGGACUGCCGAACGCAAACCGAUACCUAAGAACGAAUCCAAACGAAUAUUCGGAUACAGAAGAACGGCUAAAAAGGAACCCAAGUCGAUCUGUGACCCCAAACAAUCAUCGGAGGUAAAGAGUGAAGGUAUAUCUGAACCUGAACCUCGCACCUCUGAAAAUUAUUCAUUCAGAAAAUUAUUCGAAACUAAACGUCAUACUUCCAAAACCAAACAAAUUUCUGAGGACGAACGUAAAAGUGUACUCGAAGUCAAAAAAACACAUGGGAAUGAAUCCAAACAGGAGCCAGAAUCCAAGAGGAAAUCCAUCGGGGAAUCGAGACGAGUAAAAGAACAUCGACGGACAGCUAAAGACGCUUCAAAAUACACAUCAAGAGGUGAACUGAAACAAACCUCCGAUACCCGACGGACGCCCGAGCUCGGCUCCAGGCAGACGUCGGAACUCAGACAACCAUGUGGUGCCAUCGCGAUCGCCAACAUCGCCUCAGCGCAUCCCUCGCGGACGUCCAUGCCAAGUCGGAUGUCUGCCGGCUCCGGUCACUCGAAGCGUAGCGCAAAGAGUGAUAAAAAUUCGGUCGAUGAGAAUGAAGAUAAAGGAUCCAAUCGAAGCAAGCGAUCUGACAGCGCUCGGACGGCCUCGGCAGCAUCCUCCAGAGUUGCAUCCGCCAAUCAGUUGAAUAAACCCUGCACAUGUUUUGAAAAUGAAACAGGUAAUUCAAAUUCGCGUGGAAGAUAUCCCAGUAAAGACGAGAACUGUCUGUGCAAGGCAAAGGAGUGUUUGUCGAAAUUUGGAUCUAACCUUAGUGGCAAAGGUCCUAUUGGUCGCACAUGUCAUUCUGUUAUAUAAUCUGUAACCGUUUUAUACUCAAAAAUAAUACAACGUUUAAAAGAUUUCUAAUUCAAAUG